CACGAAAACAAAAAUGAAUUCAUCCUCGUGGCAAUAUUGGGAAAAAAACUAAAACAAUAACUUACAAACAUUAUUUUUCUUUGCUGAUUGUAAUAAUUUUGGAAAGGAAUGAAUGGAUGAAAUAUGACCCACUGAAAGAAUAAACCAAGGACAAGGUUCCCGCCCACCAGCCUAAAGCAAGGGAGAGAGAAAGGGAAGGGGGAGAAUGGUGCAGAUCGCUUAGCAACGUGGACGCUUGGUCCUCAACCGGAUACGAGCACAGGACUUCAGUCGAAAAGCUGAAGGAUUUUACAACAUCUAGCUAAAACAGUAUCUCAAAAUUUGAGCGAUGGAGAGAAUAUGUCUUGACAAGACUGCAUCUAAGGCAGUGGACGACUAUCUGGAGUACAGGAGGAUCGUGGGUGAAGACGAUGGCGACAGACUAUUCUCCCCAGAGGAAUAUGAAGAGUACAAGAGAGCAGUGUUUCCCCAGAGACUACACAACAGGCUGUAUGUGAGCUUUGGAGUGCCAGGGGGAAUAGACUGUAAACUCAUCGGCCCAGAGACACCUUGCUUCUGCACACACAGGUACAAACAGCAUCAGACAGACUUUGAGGAGGUUCCUUCGGAGCGCCCGAUAGCACUACCAUGCCGAGUUCAAGGGUGUCAGUGUUUGGCCUUUCAGUACGUGCACCUGAACGGGUCGCAGCCUGUACGUUGCAGGUGCAAACACUCUGCCUACGACCACAGUGAGACCUCAGAACACCUCUGUGGGAAAUGCUCAUCCUGCUCUGGGUUCCAGAGCCCCUACAGCUGUGGGUGUGGCCAGCCUAGCUUCGCCCACCAGACGCUGGUGGAGACGAAGGCAGAACGGGAGGCCCGGGGUUGUCCGGUGGGCAGAGACGUUCCAUACGCAGCCAUGGGGGGUCUGACAGGGUUCAGCUCCCUGGCUGACGGGUACCUGAGACUGGACGAUAGCGGGGCAGGUGCCCCUCACCUGUCUGUUCUGUUGUCUCAACAACCAAGAGCUUUCCAGGAGCAUGUGUUUGAGAAAGCCUCAGGACCAGCAGCAGCCUCCGGACAUACAGAGGAGAGUUCAGUGACGUCCGUGACCAGGGCUCUGUCUGACCUCAGCACCAGAGAGGAAGAAGACAUGGCGUACUUGGAGAGACGCUACCAGGACAGGAUGAAGGCUGAGAAAAUGGCAGUCAAACAGAAGGCAUCAUCAUCAAGAGGAAGACCAUCCACCAAACCAGCCAGCCUACCAUCCACCAAACCAACCACCUCCCUAUGCAUGUUGAAGGAGUGAUGGUAGAGGGUCUAAUGCCCACUGACCUGUCUCAGCCUGUAACCAUGCAGGUUUCUGAUCCAGACCCUCCACUGACUCUGUGAUGCAGGUCACAUGCGCACCCACACAAACACAUGCAGGCACGCACACACACACACACACACACACACACACACACACACACACACACACACACACACACACACACACACACACACACACACACACACACACACACACACACACACACACACACACACACACACACACACACACACACACACACACUAACAGAUUUCCUUUGGAACAUGUUAUUUACAGCUUCUGCCAAAGACCCCCUCAGGGUAUCAGUUAAGACAUGAGUGGAGUGUUCUGAUUGUUCUAAAUGUGGUUCUGAUUUUGCUUCCUCCUUUGAAUAAGGAAGAGGAAAGUAAAAUAUUAGUGAAUUAAUCAUGUCAGUGGUGUAUUUAUUCCUUGGGGACAGAUGUUUUGGUCCGGCACCAAGGGGAACACAAGUCCCUUUUUCAACACAAAUAUGUCGAUGUGCCCUUGAGCAAGGCACUUAACCCUAAUUUGCUCCAGGGGUGCCGUACUACUAUGGCUGACUCUGUAAAACAACACAUUUCCCUGCACCUAUCCAGUGUAUGUAACAAUAUAUUCUUAGAGAAUUCCCCUCAUCGUUGUAGCGUAGACUAUGACAUCUGCUGUGUGUGCGAGACAUAGGGUCUGUAAUCCUGACAUGAUCCACAUGUAAUAAUGUUUGUAACAUUAUGUCCAACAUGUAAUGUUUCACUCUCCACCAACCCUGGACCGAUAGAGACAGAUAUGAGUUCAAUAUACUGUCACUGCAGUUCAUUCAGGUCACAAACACACUUGUACGCGCUCACACACACACACACACACACACACCGAACAUGCACACACACACACACACACACACCGAACAUGCACACACACAGACACACACCGAACAUGCACACACACAGACACACACCCAUGAACGCUGUGAUGUGAGUUUCAUUGAACAGCAGCUUUUAUAACCUUCGCAUUCCACCACAUCCGACAGAGAGAAAAGAGAACAGUGUUACAACAGAAUACCUUCACUCAAGUGUGAUGUGAUAGCUUGGCACGUCAUCCACCCAGCUGACGCACUAUCUACACAAACCUCUUACUGUAAUAACACUUUAAAUAGCAUUCAGGGGAAGUUCAUCUACGAUUUGAGAGCGUCAUUCAAUAUCCACUCAUAAUUCCUUUAACUCCGUAUCAGGCUCAAUGGUAUAGCUUGUCUAUAGAAUUAUCUGGGAUUCGGUGCUCGGAUGUGCUGCCCAUCCUAAAGUUGCAAUCAGGAGGAUGUGUUUUGUGCUGUCAUGACGUGAGAUAUGUUGGAGGACGUGGGAUGGGGAUGAUGCUCAGGCUAUGACCAUAUUCAGUUUUCACAUCAGAAUAAUAAUUAUCUUCAGUUGAGGGGGCGAUUUAAGGAUAGUGUUACAACACAUUUCACUGAACCGAUCCUGUGUAUGUGACAAUGAAAUACAGUAUAUACUGAACAAAAAUAUAAACGCAACAUGUUAAGUGUCGGUCCCAUGUUUCAUGAGCUGCAAUAAAAGAUCCCAGAAAUGUUCCAUACGCAAAGCUUUUUCUCUCCAUUUUUUUGCACACAUUUGUUGACAUCCCUGUUGCUGAGCAUUUCUCCUUUGCCAAGAUAAUCUAUUCACCUGACAGGUAUGGCAUAACGAGAAGCUGAUUAAACAGCAUGAUCAUUACACAGGUGCACCUUGUGCUGGGGACAAUAAAAGUACACUCUAAAAUGUGCAGUUUUGUCACACAACACUUUGCGGCAGAUUUUUGAGGGAGUUUUGAGAGAGCGUGCAAUUCGCAUGCUAACUGCAGGAAUGUUCAGCAGAGCUGUUGCCAGAGAAUUUGAUGUUGAUUUCUCUAUCAUAAGCUGCCUCUAACGUUGUUUUAGAGAAUUUUGCAGUACGUCCAACCAACCUCACAACCGCAGACCACGUGUAGCCACACCAGCUCAGGACAUCCACAUUCGGCUUCUUCACCUGUGGGAUCAUCUGAGACCAGCCACCCAGACAGCUGAUAAAACUGUGGGUUUGCACAAACAAAGAAUUCCUGCACAAACGGUCAGAAACCGUCUCGGGGAAGGUCAUCUGCAUGCUCGUCAUCCUCACCAGGGUCAUGGCCUGACUGCAAUUCGGCGUCGGAACCGACUUCAGUGGGCAAAUGCUUACCUUCGAUGGCCACUGGCACGCUGGUGUGCUCUUCAAGGAUGAAUCCCCGUUUCAACUGUACCGGGCAGAUGGCAGACAGAGUGUAUGGCGUUGAGUGGACGAGUGGUUUGCCGAUGUCAUCGUUGUGAACAGAGUGCCCCAAGGUUGGCGGUGUGGUUUUGGGGUUAUGGACAUAAGCUAUUCACAUCAAACACAAUUGCAUUUUAUCGACGGCAAUUUGAAUGCACAGUAAUACCGUGAUGAGAUCCUGAGGUUCAUUGUCGUGCCAUUCAUCCGCCGUCAUCACCUCAUGUUUCAGCAUGAUAAUGCAUGGCCCCAUGUCGCAAGAAUCUGCACACAAUUCCUGGAAGCUGAAAAUGUCCCAGCUCUUCCAUGGCCUGCAUACCAGACAUGUCACCCAUUUAGUAUGUUUGGGAUGCUCUGGGUUGACGUGUACGACAGUGGGGUCCAGUUCCUGACCAAUAUACAGCAACUUCACACAGCCAUUGAAAAGGAGCGGGACAACAUUCCACAGACCACAGUCAACAGACUGAUUAACUCUAUGCGCUGUAUGAGGCAAAUGGUGGUCACACUAGAUACUGACUGGUUUUCUGAUCCACGCCCCUACUUUUUUUAAAGGUAUCAGUGACCAACAGAUUCAUAUCUGUAUUCCCAGUUGUUGAAAUCCAUAGAUUAAUAAGGGUCAUUUAUUUAUUUCAAUUGACUGAUUUAGUUAUGAACUGUAACUCAGUAAAAUCUUUGAAAUUGUUGCAUGUUGCUUUUAUAUUUUUGUUCAAUAUGUGUAUAUAUAUAUACAGUGCCUUUGGAAAGUAUUCAGACCCGUAGAUUUUUUCCACAUUCUGUUACGUUACAGCCUUAUUCUAAAAUUGAUUAAAUAAAAAAAAUCUCUGCAAUUUACACACAAAACCCCAUCAUGACAAAGCGAAAACAGGUCGUUGGAAAUUUUUGCAAAUGUUUUAAAAAUUAAAAACAGAAAUACUUUCUUUACUAUUCAGACCCAUUGCUAUGAGACUUGGAAGUUUACCUCAGGUGCAUCCUGUUUCCAUUGAUCAGCUUUUAGAUGUUUCUUUAACUUGUUUGGAGUCCACCUGUGGUAAAUUCAAUUGAUUGGACAUGAUUUGAAAAGGCACACACCUGUCUAUAUAAGGUCCCACAGUUGACAGUGCAUGUCAGAGCAAAAACCAAGCCAUGAGGUCGAAGGAAUUGUCCAUAGAGCUCCGAGACAGGAUUGUGUCAAUGCACAGAUCUGGGGAAAGGUACAAAUAAAUGUCUGCAGUGUUGAAGCUCCCCAAGAGCAUAGUGGCCUCCAUCAUUCUUAAAUGGAAGAAGUUUGGAACCACCAAGACUCUUCCUAGAGCUGGCCGCCCAGCCAAACUGAGCAAUCGGGGAAGAAGGGCCUUGGUCAGGGAGGUGACCAAAAAUCCGAUGGUCACUCUGACAGAGCUCCAGAGUUCCUCUGUGGAGAUGGGAGAACCUUCCAGAAGGACAACCUUUUCUGCAGCACUCCACCAAUCAGGCCUUUAUGGUAGAGUGGCCAGACGGACGCCACUCUUCAGUAAAAGGCACGACGGCCUGCUUGGAGUUUGCCAAAAGUCACCUAAAGACUCUCAGACCAUGAGAAACAGGAUUCCAAGAUUGAACUCUUUGGCCUGAAUGCCAAGCAUCAUGUCUGGAGGAAACCUAUCCCUACAUUGAAGCACGGUGGUAGCAGCAUCAUGCUGUUGGGAUGUUUUUCAGAGGCAGGGACUAGGAAACUAGUCAGGAUUGAGGGAAUGAUGGAAGGAGCAAAGAAAAAUCAAAUCAAAUGUUAUUGUUCACAUACACAUGGUUAGCAGAUGUUAUUGUGAGUGUAGCAAAAUGCUUGUAGUUCUAGUUCUGACAGUGCAGCAAUAUAAGUCAUAUCUAACAAUUCCACAAAAAAUACCUAAUACACACAAAUAUAAGUAAAGGAAUGGAAUAAGAAUAAUACAUAUGGAUGAGCAAUGUCAGAGCGGCACAGGCUAAGAUGCAAUAGAUAGUAUAGAAUACAGUAUAUACAUAUAAGAUGAGUAAUGCAAGAUAUUGUGGCAGACCAGGGGGUUUGGUCAAAACAUUUACACAGAGCAGACACGGACAGAGUAGGAUUAUCUCGGUUUCAAGGGUGUUUAUUUGAAUAACAAACCAACAGAAAAUAAUAGGUCCCCCGCAUGAGACCCUUUCCGGGAUGCCGUCUUCUGGGCUCUGGGUCUUGCUGUGUCCUGUGGGGAACAAAAACUGAGCUCCCUCCUUUUAUCUCUCAAACCGUCCCCAACUAUACGGGAGCAACCUUUCUUCCCCCAGUCCCUUCUCCCGAGUGCUGCCCUUCUGGCAGCUUUAUGGGACUCGUCCAGCUGGUGAAUAAUCAGCCCCUAAUUACUCACCAACCCCAAUCAGCCCCAAUUAAUCCUGGCCGGAGAGCCCGUCGAAGCCUGUAUGUCCAGCAGAGGGAGCCAUCGCCUCGUGAUGUAGACUGUCUGUCACCAGGCCUCGACGAGUCUCCCCCUUGGUGGCUGAUCUGCUGUACGCCCCUCCCCCCCCCCUUAGCUCUGUCAGGGAGGGGGCUGUCAUCAGUGUGAUGUACGUCUCCCUUCUCGAUAGGGCAU